AUGCCUGCAGGACCCACCACCACAACUGAAGGUCCAACGCCUACAACUAAAUCUAAAACCACACCCACAGGAACCAUAUCGACAAGUGAAGGUCCAACAACAACAAAAUCUACGACAAAACCAUCAGGACUGACCACCACAACCGAAGGUCCAAUGACCACAACUAAAUCUACAACCACACCCACAGGAAUCACGACUACCAGUGAAGGUCCAUCAACAACAAAAUCUACGACAAAACCAUCAGGACUGACCACCACAACCGAAGGUCCAACGACCACAACGAAAUAUACAACCACACCCACAGGAAUCACUACUACCAGUGAAGGUCCAACUACAACAAAAUCUACAACAACACCAUCAGGACAGUCCACCACAACAGAAGGUCCAACAACUACAACUAAAUCAACACCCACAGGUUCCACCACCACAUCUGAAGGUCCAACAACUACUAAAUCUACAACCAUGCCUGCAGGACCCACCACCACAACUGAAGGUCCGACAACCACAACUAAAUCUACAACCACAACCACGGGAAUCACGACUGCCAGUGAAGGUCCAACAACAACAAAAUCUACGACAAAACCAUCAGGAAUGACCACCACAACCGAAGGUCCAAUGACCACAACUAAAUCUACAACCACACCCACAGAAAUCACUACUACCAGUGAAGGUCCAACUACAACAACAAAAUCCACGACAAAACCAUCAGGACUGACCACCACAACCGAAGGUCCAAUGACCACAACGAAAUCUACAACCACACCCACAGGAAUCACUCCUACCAGUGAAGGUCCAACUUCAACAAAAUCUACAACAACGCCACCAGGACAGUCCACCACAACGGAAGGACCCACCACCACAACUGAAGGUCCAAUGACCACAACUAAAUCAACAACCACACCCACGGGAAUCACGACUGCCAGUGAAGGUCCAACAACAACAAAAUCUACGACAAAGCCAUCAGGACUGACCACCACAACCGAAGGUCCAACAACCGCAACGAAAUCUACAACCACACCCACAGGAAUCACUACUACCAGUGAAGGUCCAACUUCAACAAAAUCUACAACAACACCAUCAGGACAGUCCACCACAACGGAAGGUCCAACAACUACAACUAAAUCAACACCCACAGGUUCCACCACCACAUCUGAAGGUCCAACAACUACUAAAUCGACAACCAUGCCUGCAGGACCCACCACCACAACUGAAGGUCCGACAACCACAACUAAAUCUACAACCACACCCACGGGCAUCACGACUGCCAGUGAAGGUCCAACUUCAACAAAAUCUACAACAACGCCAUCAGGACAGUCCACCACAAUGGAAGGUCCAACAACUACAACUAAAUCAAUACCAACAGGAUCCACCACCACAUCUGAAGGUCCAACAACUACUAAAUCUACAACCAUGCCUGCAGGACCCACCACCACAACUGAAGGUCCGACAACCACAACUAAAUCUACAACCACAACCACGGGAAUCACGACUGCCAGUGAAGGUCCAACAACAACAAAAUCUACGACAAAACCAUCAGGAAUGACCACCACAACCGAAGGUCCAACGACCACAACGAAAUAUACAACCACACCCACAGGAAUCACUACUACCAGUGAAGGUCCAACUACAACAACAAAAUCCACGACAAAACCAUCAGGACUGACCACCACAACCGAAGGUCCAACGACCACAACGAAAUCUACAACCACACCCACAGGAAUCACUACUACCAGUGAAGGUCCAACUACAACAAAAUCUACAACAACACCAUCAGGACAGUCCACCACAUCUGAAGGUCCAACAACUACUAAAUCUACAACCAUGCCUGCAGGACCCACCACCACAACUCAAGGUCCAACGACCACAACUAAAUCUACAACCACACCCACAGAAAUCACUACUACCAAUGAAGGUCCAAAAACAACAAAAUCUACGACAAAACCAUCAGGACUGACCACCACAACCGAAGGUCCAACAACUACAACUAAAUCAACACCCACAGGUUCCACCACCACAUCUGAAGGUCCAACAACUACGAAAUCUACAACCAUGCCUGCAGGACCCACCACCACAACUGAAGGUCCAACGCCUACAACCACACCCACAGGAACCAUAUCGACAAGUGAAGGUCCAACAACAACAAAAUCUACGACAAAACCAUCAGGACUGACCACCACAACCGAAGGUCCAACGACCACAACUAAAUCUACAACCACACCCACAGGAAUCACUACUACCAGUGAAGGUCCAACAACACCAAAAUCUACGACAAAACCAUCAGGACUGACCACCACAACCGAAGUGAAGGUCCAACUACAACAACAAAAUCCACGACAAAACCAUCAGGAGGACCACCACCACAACCGAAGGUCCAACGACCACAACGAAAUAUACAACCACACCAACAGGAAUCACUACUACCAGUGA